AUGUUCCGAGGACCUCACUGGGCCCCAGAAAGGGAGCCUAGCGCCCACUCGCGCCCGGUUCCCGCUUUCCACUCUUUGUUCGACUGUCCCGCCGAAGAUGAAACAACUUGUGGAAGUACAUCUGUCCAAGAAGAAAACGAUGAUGACAGAUGCAUAGAAGAAAUCCUGAUAGCUUCAGUGGCAGACAGGAGGCCACUGUGGGACCACAAAAUGCCACUCACUGAAAGAUCUAAAACGGUAAGGGACAAAUUGUGGGUGGAAAUAAAAGCUGAAUUGAACAAUGAUUGGACAUUGGAACUCAUCCAAAAGAAAUGGAAGUCUCUGAGGGAUAGAUACUUCCGCAUCCACAAUGAGGAGGAGUAUGUACCAAGCGGAAAUGGAGCAAAAGCCAAUAAACCAACAUGGAAAUAUUUUCAUUUGUUGAAAUUUUUGUCAGACAAUAAUAUUCCUCGUCCAACAAUCUCCACUUCGGAAGAAAAUAAUACUGGAGUCAUGACCCAAGAAAACACAUUCUAA